CUGUCUCUUAACCCACUUAACAUAAUUCAACACUGUAAAAAACGAGAAUAUGGCGGCGAUUAAAAGCCUGAGUUCGACCUAUCGAAUGAACUCGGGCUAUGAAAUCCCGAUUCUUGGAUAUGGGGUCUACUUAGUUCCAGCCUCCAGAACUGAGCGACCAACUCUCGAGGCAUUACGUCUAGGCUAUCGUCAUGUGGACUCUGCCAUCAUGUACCGAAAUGAAAAAGCCUGUGGGCGAGCUAUUGCCAGCUCGGGUGUAGAUCGCGCUGAGAUCUUCUUCACGACAAAGAUCCCACCCGAGUCGAUGGGCUACAAUGCCACCAAAAAGGCCAUCGAUUCCAGUCUGCGAACAGCAGAACAGGAGUAUUUCGAUUUAAUCCUCAUUCACGCUCCCUACGGAGGCAAACAAGCCCGACUCGGCUCAUGGCGCGCCCUUGUUGAAGCACAGAAAGCAGGCAAGACUAGAUCUAUUGGGGUCUCGAACUACGGAAUCCACCAUCUCAACGAACUGGAGGAGUAUAUUAACUCCAGCGAGGACGGCAGCACAAUUGACGUCGGACAGUAUGAGCUGCAUCCUUGGCUGGAUCACUCGGACAUUGUCCAGUGGCUCCAGCAACGCAAUAUUGUUAUCCAAGCCUAUUCGCCUCUUGCGCAUGGCACAAGAAUGAAGGAGCCGUUGUUGGCGUCGUUGGGGAAGAAGUAUGGCAAGUCUCCAGCACAGAUUAUGAUAAGGUGGGGUUUACAGAAGGGAUUUGUACCCCUCCCCAAAUCUGUCACGCCGAGUCGAAUCAAGGAAAAUUCAGAAGUAUUUGAUUUCGAGCUGGAGGAGGAGGAUAUGAAAGUCCUGCAUACAGGGGAUUAUUCGCCUACUGAUUGGGAUCCGACUGUCGAUUAUGAUUAAGCAUCUUUUUUUAUCCUAAGCAUAUCCUACAUGCAUACCUAACAUACGUAGCCAAAAAAAAAAAAAAGAGCUUA